UGCGCAUGCGCAUGGGUGUUGGGAGGGAGUGCGGUUAGUAGCAGGAGCCGGAUACAGACGCAGCACUACCGCGGCUCUGAGACGCUUUAUUCAUCUUUCUGACCCAAUAAAGUGCUUUAAUCUGAUUUCGGUGGGUGGUUCCGGCUGCUCGGCGCCGCGGGAUUGGACGAGCCGUGUGUGAUGGCUGAGGGGGCGUGAGCGAGAGGAGGAGUAGAGGCCUGUGAUUGGUUGAAUCGUGUGUGUGUUGGCGGGAUGUUGCCGGGGGUGGGCGUGUUCGGGACGGGCCGGACGGUCCGGGUUCUGGUUCCGUUGCUGCAGAAGGAGGGGUUUCCGGUUCAGGCGGUUUGGGGCCGAACGCAGGAAGAGGCGGAGUUUCUGGCUAACGAGCUGGACAUACCCUUCUCCACCAGCCAAUCAGACGACGUGCUGCUGCACCCGGAGGUUCACCUCGUGUGUAUCCUGACUCCCCCGCCGCACACGCGCCAAAUCGCUGUCAAGGCUUUAGGUAUCGGGAAGAACGUGAUUAGUGAACAGGCGGCGACGUUAACCGACGCAUGUAAGAUGGUGACGGCGGCGCGGUAUUACCCCCAGCUGAUGAGCAUCAUGAGUAACGGCCUGCGCUUCCUCCCCGCCUUCGUCCUGAUGAAGCGUCUGCUGGGGGAGGGAUACUGCGGGACGCUGCAGGUGUGUGAAGCGCGAGUGUAUGGAGGCUCUCUGCUCAGCCAGUCGUACGGCUGGGCAUGGGAGGAGCUUAUGGGGGGCGGCGGCCUGCACACCGUCGGGUCCUGCAUCAUCGACCUGCUGAGUUACUUGACGGGCGGCCGGGCGUCCCGCGUUCACGGGAUGCUGCGGACCUUCGUGCGUCAGGGCGGGACGGGGGGUGGGAUCCGCUCGGUUACCGCCGACGACUACGCCUGCUUCCAGUUACUGAUGGGAGGGGGCGUGGUCUGUAGCGUUACGCUGAACUUUAACCUGCCGGGGGCGGACCUGCACGAGGUCAUGCUGGUGGGGUCGUCGGGGAGGCUGAUCGCUAAGGGGGCGGAGCUGUACGGCCAGCGCAACGGCGGGAACGGGGAGGAGCUUCUGUUGAGUGACGGCGGGGCGGGGGCGGGGCCGUCCAUCACCGGACUGAACGCGAUGGUGACUCAGCUCCGCCUGUCGUUCCAGGCGCAGGAGGACCGGUGCUCGUGGGCGCGGCACCCCGUCUCCAUGGCGACCACGUUUGAGGACGGGCUGUACGUUCAGACGGUGGUCGACGCGAUCAAACUGUCCAAUCGCACGGGAGAAUGGGAGUCCGUGGAAGUACGGACCCAGGAUAAAGACCCCAACCACAACCACAGAACCCCGCCCAACUAACGCCACGCCCACAACACACCACAGAAUACAAUAUAAACAUAUAAACAAUAUAUACUACCUUAAAUUUCCUCCAGUUAUUAUCUACACACUGCGUUCCACACACACUGUUAAAUCUUCUGUUUAUAUUAACAGAAAUACAGAACCAGUCAAAAUCCAGAAACACUGUUUCUCAUUCAGUAACGUUACUUUAAUUUGUUAUUUUAUUUUAGAGCUAAUAUUAUAAAUCAUAUGUUUAUAGUUAAUAUCUAAAGAGCUGCAGUAAUAUCAUAAAUAACAGAAAACUCAAUUACCUGCAUUAUCUGUUUACCUGUUUACGCCGCAGACUGAGCUCAUGUAACACAGCGAGGCAGAGGUCUGCCAUUGUUAUCAUUUGUUCUACAUACAUAUAUAUUGCAAUUAUAUUAAAACUACAGUAAUUUUCACCACAUUUUCCUAUAAGUCAUAUAUUACAAUAUGGAUAAUGCAUUAAUGUAUAAUUAAUUAUAUAUGGCAAAUAUCUUUUUAAAUCUGUUAGAUUUAUCGUGUUUCACAUCAAUAUCAGAAUAUCAGCAUAUCAGUUAUCACACGUAUCAUAUCAUACAUCCCACAUUUAUACACUACAGAUUAAUACUGAAGACAUUAAAACUAUGAGGGAGUACUGCUUAGCAACACCUUAGCAACCAACCCCUUACUGUGGUAACAGCAUAGUAACACCCUAGCAACCGACAACUACACCCUUGCAAUACCUUAGCAACCGCCUAGCAGACCUUAAUCCCAGUGAGAACUACUUUACCUUCAGUUCUGUGUUUUUUUUUCCAGAGUUCUGCUGUUUUUAAUAUUACUGUAAUAAUCCUGAAUCCUGAGAAAGUGUUCAGAUGUCUGGUUCUGUAAUAAAACUAAGCUCUUUAUUUAAUCUGGAACUAAAGAAACACUGGAUUCUGUUACUGUAACUUUUAUCUGAGUUUAACUGUGAAAAGUUCUGUUUGUUUGUUUGUUUGUUUUUUUCGGGUAUUUUAAGUUUUGUUUUGUUUUGUUUUGUUUAAGCAGAAUGUUUUUAUUACUGAUGAUAAAGUGAAGUUAUAAUGUGUUAAUGAUGUUUAUAUGUUGUGUUUAGUGAAGCUGUAACUGAACUGACGAGACCGGAACCGGGUCAGAACUCCUGCUGUAAAACUCUAAUCUACUGCUGAUAAAUUUCUGAUAAGCUGCACAGAGUCUGCAGAUCAUAUUUAUGUUUUAUUGCACUUCUGUGUAUUUAAACGAGACGUAGAGAAAAGGGCUUAAACUGUUUUAUUCAUGAUUUAAUAAAUGCUUUCCUAAUUUUA